AUGGAUGAACAAUAUAAACUUGAACAUGAAGCAUUUGUUCAAAAUCUAACAGGUUCUAGUUUACUAGAAACUUGUCUUAUUUUAAAUAUUGUACCUGUAUCAGUACUAUUUCAAAGAGUAUUGUUUGGUACCUUUUUCCCAAGAAAGGCACAAAAGGUACCAAACCUCAUUCGAUUCUUUUUAGAGUUUAUUACUAUUGUACUACCUUUUAUCGUAUCAGUCACCUUUAUCGAACUAUUAGUACCAUUACUCUUUUUCAUGUUAUUAUCAUGUUUUAUAUUACCUUUAUUCUCUCAAGAAUCUGUUAAAUUAUUUAAUUUUGGAGAGAAUCCAGAAUCAUUAAUAGCAUUGAAUCAUCCAAGAAAGAAGUUUAUUGAAGAGUAUAGAUCGUUUGUCAUGUUGGCAACGAUUGUUUGUAUUUUGGCAGUUGACUUUCCAGUCUUUCCAAGAAGAUUGAGCAAGACUGAGACAUUUGGUAUAUCAUUGAUGGACAUUGGUGUAGGUUCAGUUGUAUUGUCAGGUGCUAUGGUAUCAAGACAAGCAAGAUCAGAAUCAAUCACUGAACAAUCAUCAUCAGCUGAAAAGGAAAAAGAAAAGGAUCAAAAACAAAAGAAACCAAAACUAUCAAGAGUUGCAUUGGCCAAACAUGCAUUCAUGUCAAAUCUACCUUUAAUGUUAUUAGGUUUAAUUAGAAUUGUUUUAACAAAAUCUACAAAUUAUCAAGAACAUGUAACAGAAUAUGGUAUACAUUGGAAUUUCUUUUUUACAUUGGGAUUUGUAGCUAUUGUUUUAUCAUUUUUAAAGAUGUCACCAAAUAUGAAUCUGGUGGUUGGUAGUAUUGUCAUUGUUGGUUAUCAAGUUCUAUUGUCACAGUAUGGAUUAAGUGAUUAUAUAUUAAAUCAUCCACGUCUCAAUUUAAUAUCUGCCAAUAAGGAGGGUAUAUGUAGUCUUGCCGGUUACCUUUCAUUGUAUUUGAUUGGUACGAAAUUGGGAACCACUAUAUUCAAGCAACGCAAUUCUGUCAAGGAGUGGAGAUUGUACGUAUUGCAAUUGCUAGCACUCUCUGCUGCACUGUUUGCCAUACUCUAUUGGGUUGAAGACAAUGUCCAACCCAUCUCGAGACGUAUGACCAAUCUACCAUACGUACUUGCUAUCUUGGCACUCAACAUUUUCAACUUUGCCAUUGUCCUACUCGUCUCUACCAUUUCUACAUCGUAUCUCCAACACGCCGGAGUCAUCACCUCUUCCAUCAAUCGAAACCAACUCUCCAUGUUCCUACUCGCCAACAUCCUAACUGGGUUGGUCAACUUUUCAAUGCGUACCAUCUAUGCCACCCCUGAAACUUCCAUGGCCGUUAUCACUGGCUACGUAUUUGUAGUUUGUUUUGUUUCAUUAUUAUUAAAUAUGAAAAAUAUAACUUUAAAAUUAACCUAA